AGUUAUUGAAGAAUAAUGAGUUCAUUCGACAGUUAUCUCAAAAGCAUUGCCUGUAGAUAGUCGCGUUAUAAAUUGAGCAUAAUAAUAUUGUAUCUUGAGAAAAUGUAUCGGCUACUUUGUUUCUUAGCAAUAUUAACUUUUGUGAGCGCCCACUGCCGGUGGGAGAACAACAAAAGAGUUUGUCCUUGGACAAGAAAACACCCAAGAAGAUUCCAUAGGCAUCAUAUCGAAUCAGAAUCAAUCAUAGAAGACAUCAAGAAAAAAUUCAUUGAGUCAGAAAUCAAAUUGCAAGAAUUGUGCAACAAAAAUGAAAAUGUUAUUGUAAAAGAAAAAUACGAUAUUGAUACCUAUACUCUCGAAUAUACACUAGAAGAAACAGAAAAUCUGAAUAUCACAGUGCAAAUUUUCCAUCGACUUAUACAAACUACGGUUAUGAAAAAUGAUACAAAUGCCUUGGUUUUUGAAGACUUGAAAGUUUUGCCAGGUGUGGUGAAGUUAGAGGAUGCGGCAUGGAAACUAAAAGAUAAAGAUUUAAAGAUUAGAAUUCCUUAUAAAGUCCCGUUCGGAAAAGAAGCCACGAUGGUGUGUGAGGCUAUUAAUACUGGAGUUAUAAACGUGCAGCAGGCAGAGGAUAAUUAUGACUUAGAUGUAAGAUUUGGGAAUGAUACUUUAUUUAAUUACAGAGAAAAAGUUUAUUGAUAUAUUUAGUGUCGUAUUUCUCAAAAAUACUUAAUUUUAAAUACUGGUGAAAUAUUAUUUUUUGUGUGUGAAUUAAUUAUUAACAAAGGAUUUAUUGUAUUAUCUUUAAAUGGAAUUUAAUAAAGUUUUUAAAGUUAGAGCAAAAGACUUUGAUAUGCGAGAGAUUAGAUGAAUAAAUAUAAUUAUUUAACAUAAAAAAUAUUUCUUUAACAUUUAACUCACAGCUUAGAUCUUUAACCAAUAACAUUAUCUUCUGAAAGAGCUCAAGAUUUGGAAUUAUGCCAAGUUAAAAUAUUAUGAUUGCUAAACCUAUGAUUUGUGAACGACUACAAAUGAUGUUAAACUCGGUAAUAAAAUAUAUUUAUAUUGAGGAUAAUAUU